AGAAUAGCAUCUCCAUGUAAGAAUCUUCGCUCACACUUCCAAUACUUCGUGGCCAUAUUCAUAGAUAGAUAUCAAGUGCCAACAACUACAUCUCCGCCUAAAAGGCUAAAAAACUCUCUUUGCAUUGAAGUUUGUGAAUUGUUAACCUUCGUUUAGAUCAAGACUUCAUAUCUUUACUAUCUCUGUAGUCUGCGGCAGUCAGAGGCUCUCAGGCUCAAGAGUACAGUUACAGUUGGGCUGCAGUCAAAGCUUUGUGAGGAUGUUGGAGAAGAUGGAAGAGUUUGACCCGGAGAAAGUGAUAGAGGAAUUUGAAGCAAUAACCCGAGACGCCGGGAAAGUUCAGAGAGAAACUCUCAAGAAAAUUCUGGAGGAGAAUGGAUCGGCCGAGUACUUACAGAGUCUUGGUCUCAAUGGAAGAACUGAUCCUGAAAGCUUCAAGACUUGUGUCCCCCUUGUUACUCACAAGGAAUUGGAGCCGUAUAUACACAGAAUUGCAGACGGCGAUCCUUCUCCAAUUCUCACCGGAAAACCAAUCACAACCAUCUCAUUAAGUUCUGGUACUACUCAGGGAAAGCCAAAGUUUGUACCUUUCAACGAUGAGUUGAUGGAAUCCACCAUGCAGAUAUAUCGGACAUCUUUUGCUUUUAGAAACAGAGAGUUUCCUAUUGGGAAUGGAAAGGGUUUGCAGUUUAUUUACAGCAGCAAGCAGUUCCAGACCAAAGGGGGUCUGGCAGCUGGAACUGCUACUACUAAUGUUUACAGAAAUUCGCAGUUCAAGGAGACUAUGAAGGCAAUUCAAUCCCAAUCUUGCUGCCCAGAUGAAGUAAUAUUUGGUCCUGAUUUCCACCAGUCUUUGUACUGCCAUCUCUUAUGUGGGCUGAUUUUUCGGGAUGAAGUUCAGUUUGUAUUCUCUACUUUUGCACAUAGCAUCCUCCACGCAUUCAGAACCUUUGAACAAGUUUGGGAAGAAUUGUGUACUGAUAUUAGGGAGGGGGUCCUCAGCAACCGAGUCUCCGCCCCAUCGAUCCGAGCAGCUAUGUCGAAACUGCUCAAACCAAAUCCUGAAUUGGCUGAUUUGGUCUAUAAGAAGAUUACAGGUUUGAGUAAUUGGUAUCGAUUAAUCCCGGAACUUUUUCCCAAUGCAAAGUACAUCUAUGGGAUCAUGACUGGAUCAAUGGAGCCUUAUUUGAGAAAACUGAGGCACUACGCGGGGGAGCUACCUCUGUUGAGUGCAGAUUAUGGGUCUUCUGAAGGAUGGAUUGGAGCAAAUGUCAAUCCAAAAUUGCCACCUGAAUCGGCCACUUUUGCCGUUCUUCCUAAUAUUGGGUUUUUUGAAUUCAUCCCACUGAAGCAUAACAUUGAGGAUCAGGAUCAAAAUCAGAUGGAUCCUAGUUUCUUCCAAAUCGAGCACGAGCCAGUGGACUUAACUGAAGUCAAAAUUGGUGAAGAUUAUGAGAUCAUUGUCACUAAUUUUGCAGGUCUCUACCGCUAUAAGCUUGGAGAUGUAGUAAAGGUGAUGGGAUUCCACAACUCCACCCCAGAACUCAAAUUUGUCUGCAGGAGGAACCUUCUGCUAACCAUCAACAUUGACAAGAACACUGAGAAAGAUUUGCAGCUUGCUGUGGAAGAAGCAUCCAAGUUAUUAGGAGAAGAAAAGCUGGAAGUUGUUGAUUACUCUAGCCAUGUAGACUCAUCCACAGAUCCUGGACACUAUGUGAUCUUUUGGGAAAUAAGUGGUGAAGCAGGGGAGGAGGUUCUUAAGGAAUGCUGCAACUGCUUGGAUAGGUCUUUCAUUGAUGCUGGCUAUGUUAGCUCGCGAAAGGUCAAUGCCAUCGGGGCGCUCGAGCUCCGAGUUGUUCGGAGAGGAACUUUCCAAAAGAUUCUAGAUCACUAUCUAGGAUUAGGGUCUGCUCUUAGCCAGUUUAAAACGCCAAGAUGUGUAGGUCCAACAAACAAUCUGGUGCUGCAAAUCUUGUGUGGCAAUGUUGUUGAGAGCUACUUUAGUACUGCUUUCUAGUGUUGUGUAUAUAUAUGUGUUGUAAUUGCAGUUUGAUCAUUUCCCAUAUAAACUCAAUAGCAAUCUCCCUCCCAUUUCUAAGGACUAGGAAUAAAAUCACAAACUAAUUUAGCAACAUAUGAGGUUUAAUUGGUUGCGGGAAAUAAGAGAAAUGUUAUUUAUCAUAAAUUUUUUUA